UAGCGCUAACUCAUUUCACAAAAAUAAUAAUAUUUGAUAGACUGGUUUGAAUAAUAACCACAUUGAUACAGUGGUUUGAUACAAGAUAAUAUUUAGUGGCAUAGUUUUCUUGCUUUCACAGUAUAAGAAGUACCAGAGGAAGUGACGGCAGGGGGAAUUUGUUUCAUAGGUCUGUGGCCUCAGUCUGUCUGGUCAUGUCUGCGUUGUGAUCUAUUUGUUUUGUUGAUUUCUCUCCUCAGCUCAGUAAGAUGUUUCUCCUGUUUCCUGAGCCGCACUUCAAGAAGACCCAAGCACAAGUAGCGGAUGUCAGUCCCACACUGUUGGCUGAGUACACCUACACACUGAAGGAAGGGGGUUUGGUGUACACCAACACAGACAUGGAGGAGGUGCUUCACUGGAUGGUGAAACACUUCAGUGAGCAUCCACUGUUCACACGGGUCCCCGACACAGAACUGGUUGAUGAUGUCAUCAUCGGAGGAGGGGAAGAAGGUGCAGAGGAAUGGAAGGAAGAACUACCUGGCAGGUUUUCCGCAGAGUGGCAUACUAAAAUCCCAGUAUUACAGAUAUCAGUUGUAUUUGUAUCAGUUGUACUCUCUCCUUGCAAGGACAACAAAAUGGACAACCAAAACGACUGCUAGGUUUGCUCCAGGGGUGGAGCUUGGCCUGUCUGUCUUAAAUGUAGUUUCUCCCUGAAUGGUGGACAGGAAUAUGAAUGGGUCUUCAUUGGUCAAGGGUUUAAAUGGCCAGACUGAAGCAUUCCACCAUGAUCUUUUGUGAACUGGUGCCUGAUUUAGAAUUAUGAUGAUUCACCGUUAGCUAAUUUGACUGCUCUCUACGGCGUCCUGAGCUGGUGAUAAAUCUGCAAUGAAGCUGUAUUGAUUCAUUAUACUUUCAUGAAAGCCUUAAUAAAUAUUUGU